AUGUGGACACAGGCUCAAGAGGAUGUCAGGUUUCCAUCGGACCAUGUCGUUCUCCCGGACUCGAAAAAUCUCAGCAAUGACGCCUCUACUUCGUGUCUUGCGUCGUCGAUUGCUCCCUAUGCGUCUGAUCAAGUUUGUCGUGGUCGUGGUCGAUGUUUAAUGCUCGUCGGCUCUCGCUCCAGGUACCAUCAUCUCAGACGAUCAGAACGAAUGUCUCGUUACAAUCCUGGAAGGGAGGGCUGGGAGUGA